AUGGCAUCACGUUUAGCUGCUUGUGAAACCUGUCGAAAGGCAAAACUCGCUUGUGAUCAUCAUCAGCCAGUCUGUUCGCGAUGCAAGAAUAACAAGGCUGUCUGUAUCUACCGCACCACGCCAUUCAAGCGGAGGCGCGUUGAGAAACCGAGCAAUUUGACCUCAUCAAAUCCAACGCCAUCUUUUACUCCUCGGCGUAAUCCGUAUCCAAACCCUGGAUACUUGGGAUCCUCUAGUCAUGCCGCCAUAUUCAAGCAUAUUACAACGGACGGAGACCAUGGCGCUGGCGCUCAAGUCGGGGGCUCCGAAGCUUUAAGCCCGCAGUGGGUGGGCGAUAACCACUUGCUGCUUCAAGGGGCUGAUAUCCUACGACAUCUACUCACGGCGUAUCCGUUAUCGGCUAUGAAGGAGCUUGUCAUGUUUUGGCUCGCAAAGGGCGCGAAUCUUGCUCUCGCGGAGCCCUUCGUUGCGCAAUGCGCCGAGAGUGUGAGCCAGCUCUUUACCUUAAAUGACGAGAAUUGGCAUUUAAUUUAUGCGCGGCGGUUGCUCCACAAUUCUGCGCAGUCGCUGAAAUUCCAUCAAUCUAUGAACUUGUCCGAAUUCUCGACGCAGUUCCUCGAUCACAACUGUCGCUGGGAGACCAUCGGCAUCUUCUUCGCUGCGAUUAGUCGCGCGACAAUCGAUAUCCCUUUUUUUCCGGUUCUUUAUACCACAGAGGAAGAUCAAUAUAAUUUACGACGGCUUGCAACCAAGCUUAGUGACUUUGCGCUGGAGAUCUCGCUUUCAUUAGACUGCUUGAAUGAUUUACAAUUGAUUAUUCAGUACGAGAAUUUCAUCGUACAUUCUUAUGUGGAUGGUGAUCAAAGUUAUCACUCAUGGCGCAAACUCGGUGACGUUAUCUCCUCGACAUUCGCAAUGGGAUACCAUGAGAACCUGGAGGCCAAACCCGGUAUACCGCGAUUUUUAAUGGAUUUACGGAAGUCCGCAUUCGCGCGGAUAUAUUCCGCUGACAAGAAUAUCGCCAUUUUUCUUGGUCGUCCGCCGCGGAUGAACAAGCGAUUUUGUCAUUUUCAAAUUCCAUCAUGUCAUACACCUACCAGCACAACACCAAGACCAAGUUUCAAUGAAAACCAUCAUGAUAUUACCUGGGACUCGGACUCGAAACCCGGUUAUCGGGCAGACUCUCGGUGGUCUGCACUGUGCGCAUUUCUGAAAGAAGAGAUUUGGGAAUUGUUACAAGAUAAGCAAGAUGCAGCCUGUGUGCAAAGAGCGACUGUAAUUCAGCAAAAAGCCGAAAAGCAAUGGCUCGCUCUCCCUGCUUCCCUUCGCCUCGAAACAAGUCUAAAGCAGUGCACCCGGACUCCAUUUGAUAGGGACUUCAUCGCUCAUGCCCGUCUUCAGCAUCUACAUGUUCUCUUCUUACUUCGUCUCUUAUUAUUGAAUAAUCUAACCGAGCCCGAUAUACCUAUUAUCGAGACAGCGGGACAGAUGCUCACCCUCGUUGUGGAAUGCAUCCUUCUGCGGGAUCAGUUGACUAACUCCGGAACCGGUCUUGUUUGGAAGGUCGCAUACUAUGGUCUCCCAGCAGCAGGAAUGAUUCUCCUCGCCCUCCUAAAGCAACACACUCAUACAACGCAAAAUAUCACCCGUACGAAGAUCUUACAAGACCUUGGCGUCUUCGUGGCGGAGGUACAGAUCGGUACGAUCGUUCGACCAGGGGAUCCGAAUUAUGCUUUGCUUUCUAAAGCCACGCAGACGAUGCAGCGAUUUCUGGAUUCUUUUCACUCUGAUAGUGGGCAGGCCCCGACGGAUAUACAAGGUGCUCAUGAGGAUGGAACUGGGAACGACGACUGGGCUGCUUUGCUCAGUCAGGACUUGUGGGAUUUCGAGGCGGGAUUCUGGCAGUCUUUGGCGGACCAUCCGGCUUUAUUGGCUGUUGAUCCCCCUUUACCUGGUGUUUAA